CCCAAUCCCAUGUGGGGUCGAGAGAUCAGGUGACAGAAAUUUCUUAACUACCGUGCGAUCCUGAAACAAAAUACAAUAAUCAGCACGAGGGCCUGAAGGAGCAAGCAGUCUCGGUCUUUAUCUUGUGCCCUGGCUUCCUAUAAAGCUGAAGCAUCUCGCGCGGUCUCUGUCCUGCCUCGAGGAGCAAGCAAGUCGAAGCAUCAAAUGGCGCGUCAGGAGAUCGAGCACAGCCACCUCCCCGUCCGCGGGAUCAACCUCCACGUCGCUCAGGUCGGCAAAGGUGACCUGGGCACGGUGGUGUUCCUGCACGGCUUCCCGGAGAUAUGGUACUCGUGGCGCCACCAGAUGCUUGCCGUGGCCGCGGCGGGGUACCGCGCCAUCGCGCCGGACUGCCGCGGGUACGGCCUGUCGGACCAGCCGCCGGAGAACGAGGAGGCGUCCUGGGUCUGGGAUGACCUCGUCGCGGACGUGCUCGCCAUCCUCGACGCGCUUUCCAUCCCAAAGGCGUUCUUGGUGGGCAAGGACUUCGGCGCCCUGCCGGCGUACGACUUCGCGCUGCAGCACCCGGACCGCACCUGCGGCGUGGUGUGCCUCGGCAUCCCCUUCAGCCCCGUCCCCUUCGCCUUCGACACCAUGCCCGAGGGCUUCUACGUCCUGCGCUGGGGCGAGCCUGGCAGGGCAGAGGCUGACUUCGGCCGGUACGACGUCAGGCGCGUGGUGCGCACCGUCUACGUGCUCUUCUCCCGCGCCGACAUCCCGAUUGCCAAGGAAGGGCAGGAGAUCAUGGACCUGGCCGACCUGUCCGCGCCCCUCCCGGAGUGGUUCACCGAGGAGGACCUGGACGUCUACGCCAAGCUCUACGAGAAGUCCGGCUUCCGCUACCCGCUCCAGAUGCCAUACAGGUCUCUACGCAAGAUGCCGCAGCGGCUGGACGCCAAGUUCCAGGCCCCGGUGCUCAUGGUGAUGGGAGAGAAGGACUACUGCUUCAAGUUCCCGGGGUUCGAGACCGCCGUGCGCAGCGGCGCCAUGGACAACUUCAUGCCGGACCUGAAGAUUAUCUACAUCCCGGAGGGGGGCCACUUCGUGCAGGAGCAGCUCCCGGAUCGGGUCAACGAGCUCCUCCUCGACUUCCUCAAUGGCCACCCCGUCGCAUCAUGAUACCUAGUAGCAGUUGCAGCAAUAAUCGCGGCGUAUCUGCAUGCCAUCGCAUAUGCUUGGCGCACUGGUUGGGUUUGAAUUUUCUCGGAAAAUAAAAGAAAAUGUAUUCUUCAUGCGUCUUGUUUGACUGAUUUGGGGAUGCUCCCUGUAUCUCGACUCGAUGAUGUGGGAGCAAUUUGCUUCGACUCAUCUGAUUGGGGAAAUAUGUUCGUGGCUACUCUGAUUGAA